AUGGCGGCGGUGUCCUCUUUAUCGCCGUCGGGGCCAACCCCUCCUGGGGGGGUAUCACCCGCUCCCAACCCCACCUCCGCCUCCUCCACGCCAGUCACUGCUCCGACGACGGGCAAGCCCAUACACUGUCUUGUGAUCGAUACUGGUCCCCUGAUCAAGAACGAUCCACCUGUCUCUACUCUCCUCGCUCAGGCUGAUGAGCUGUACACCAUCCCCUCUGUCAUCUCGGAAGUGCGCGACCAGGCCACCCGUACACGGCUCGAGACGACCCUCCUCCCCUUUCUCAAACUACGCAGCCCCAAAUCAGAUUCAGUCAAGUUUGUCACCGACUUUGCUCGAAGGACUGGUGACCUCGAGGUUCUGAGUCGAGCUGAUAUUCAUGUGGUUGCCCUGACCUAUGAGCUCGAGUGCGAGAGGAACGGCGGUGACUGGAGACUGAAGAACACCCCCACCCAGAAGAGCGUCAACGGCAAGCCACCGGGCAGGCCUGAUGGGGAGAAGCAAGACUAUGCCAUACAAGCUUUGGAUAGCGAUCCCGUAGCCGAAGAGGGAACGCAAGAAUUGCGAGACUUGCCAAACUCCGAAAACGCUGCGCCGCCGGUCCAUGAUGAAUCGGGGUCGACUACGCUACCCAAGAUUGAUGACGGGAUUACGAAACAACUGGCGGGUGUCACUCUAGAGUCACAACCGGCAGAGGAGGAGGAGCAGGGGAAGAAGGAGGAGGUCCAUGCCCACGACACUCAGGAGAGCGAAUCUGGCUCUGACGACGACAGCGACGGUUGGGUUACACCAUCGAACUUCAAGCGCCAUCAGGAGCAGCAGGGACCCAGCGCCGCCGGUUCGCAACCCGCGCAGAAGUUCCUCAAAGCAGCCAUGUUGACCUCGGACUUCGCCAUGCAAAACGUAGCGCUGAGGAUCAACCUGAAUUGCUGUUCUCCGUCCCUUUCACGCAUCACACAAGUCAAGACCUGGGUUUUGAGGUGCCACGGCUGCUACAAGGUGACCCGGCAGAUGGACAAGCAAUUCUGCCCCUCAUGUGGCCAGGCUACCCUGACCCGCGUCAGUUGCUCGACCGACGCACAAGGCAACUUCAAGCUGCACCUCAAACGGAACUUCCAGUGGUCCCACAGAGGAAACGUCUACAGCGUACCCAAGCCGACCCAUGGGAGUGCCAACGGCAAGAACACAAAUGUACGUGGUGGUGGCCAGAACGGUUGGGGUCGUGACCUUAUCCUGGCAGAAGACCAGAAAGAGUAUGUCAAAAAGCAAGAAGAGGAUCGAAGGACACGGUAUCGGGAUCUCAUGGAUGAAGAUUAUCUGCCAGGCAUCCUUACUGGCGAGCGUCGGAGCGCCAAUGGCCGAAUUAAGGUGGGUGCGGGUAGGAACGUGAACGCUCGCAAAAAGCGUUGA